UUUGGUCUCCCUUCUUCUGUUUCCCUUUUUCCUCUCAGCCUUCCUUCCUUCUCCAACACAGCAUAUGCUCCAUACCUCAGCAGCUCAAACUCUUCCUCCUCCACUUUUGGCUCAAAAGCUCACUCCAACAUCUUCAAUCUCACCUUGUCUCCAAUCCCUUUUUCUCUUCAUCUUCAAUUCCUAUACUAUCUGGGAAGAUUCUUGUCCUAUAUAUACUUUUUAAAACCUGAAUAAAGAUGAAAGGAAAUGGGUCUUCACUGGAUUAGUAUGUUCUUGCUCUGGCUCGACUCAUCUGUCAAGAUCCUCCACAUGCAGUCCUUGUUUCUGAUCUUUUCCUGCAUUUUCGAGCACCCAUUUGAGAGGAUCUGAGAAUAACCCCACCAAAGAAGCACAAGAUCUUGAGCCAAAGCUGCAGUUCUUCCUUCUUGGGUGCUCAAAAAUCAAGACCCGCUGGAGACAAAAUUCCAUUAGCUCAUGCAAUCAACACACCAGCAAAUAGAUCAAUCAUGAAUAACCCUCAAGUUCAAGAGAAGAAGGAGCGUUCGGGAGGAGUCGCCUCUUCUUCAUCUUCUUCUCCAUUUACUACUGCAAAUGCAAUUCCUCGGCCCAUGGAGGGCCUCCAUGAUUUGGGCCCGCCUCCGUUCCUCACCAAGACAUAUGAGAUUGUGGAUGACCCGACCUCCGACCACAUAGUCUCUUGGAGCAAGGGUAACAACAGCUUUGUGGUGUGGGAUGCUCAGGCCUUUGCCAUGUCCCUCUUGCCCAGAUACUUCAAGCACAACAACUUCUCUAGCUUCAUCAGGCAGCUCAAUACCUAUGGCUUUAGAAAGGUUGAUCCAGAUAGGUGGGAGUUUGCUAAUGAAGGUUUCCUAAGAGGGAAAAAAUAUCUCCUUAAAACCAUUAAGAGGAGAAGAACCACUCAUGUAGUACCCCACAAUUCACAGCAAGUGCUCGACCCGUGCAUUGAAGUAGGCAGAUUUGGGCUCGACGGAGAGAUCGACCGGUUGAAGCGCGACAAGCAGGUCUUGAUGAUGGAGCUGAUCAAGCUUAGGCAGCAACAGCAGACCUCCAGGACUUGUCUCCAAGUGAUGGAACAAAGGCUCAAGAAGACGGAAAGGAAGCAACACCAGAUGAUGAACUUCUUGGCGAGAGCGAUGAAGAAUCCCGAUUUUCUACAGCAAUUGGUCCAAGAGAAGGACAGGAGGAAGGAGCUCGAGGAAGUGUUUGGGAAGAACAAGAGGAGGCGCUCGAUUGAUCAAGGGCCAAGUAACGUGAGCCUCUGCGAUGAUGAUGUUCAACUAGUCCAUAAUAAUGAACCAGGUAUAGCUACUUUUGUUAAGGUUGGACCUCAAAAUUUUGGAGAUAUCGAUGAAUUCGAAGGGUUUGAGCUUGAGAAAAUUGCUUUGGACAUGGUUGGAGGAAUUGGUGUAAGUCAAUGUAAUAAUGUAGAGGAAGAUCAGAUAGGAUUAGUGGAAGAGAAUGAGAAUAGAGGUAAUAAAGCACUUGAUGAAGUCUUUUGGGAAGAUUUGUUGAACGAGGGCAUUGAACAAGCUGGCUUACUUGGUGUUGGAGGUGACGAGGACGGGGAAGACGUGAAUGUCUUGGCUGAGCAGCUGGGAUACUUGAGCUCUAAUCCGUAACUUGAGCGAAGCUUAAAGCUUUGUUCAUGAAAGAUCCUUGCAUAGAUGAUUGACCCGAUUCAAGCAAUCCAAGCUGUAUGCCGGCUCUAAUUGUUGGUUUAGUGCAUUCGGUUUACGUUCUCUUCGGCUGUAUGGAUUAAGUAUCUAUCGAAGAAUCACACACUUAGUCUUUGGUUGCGUUGGAUACAACUACAAGGACCUUUCUAUGAAAGUGCCAGUUCUUCUUGUUAUUGACAGGAGAUUACUGCAUACUUCACAGAUGACUUCUAUAGUGUAUGCAAAGUAAGCUGUGCUCAUUUCACUUAGUUACUCUUUGGACAAGAUCCUCAGUUUUAGAGAACAAGGUGGCCGGAGUAUAUCACAAUUUAAGAACGAGAUCGUCAGCCUUAUGUGUUCCAAGUUCACAAAAAAGCACGAGGUGCAAACUGGAAUUAGUUAUGAUUCAUUGUUAUCUUUCUUUACCAACGUUGUUCCAUCCUCUGACUUUUAUCAACUGAGCGUGCAAACUGUAGUUGCAACUUGUUAUCCAAUUUCAUUGUGUCGUUGGGUGAUUUAUCUUGAGCAUACUGUUCAUAGAUAGUAGUCUUCUGUCUUCAGCAAA